AUGAGUCAAGACACUAAAAAUACAAGUUCUAUGAAAGAUAAAACAACGCCAGCAAGUAGUAUGAACUAUGUCGAAACUAUAAAAGAAAGAAAAGUACAUGAAGGUAUACAUGAAACAUGGCAAAGCAGACUUGAAGAGUUCAGUGAGAGUUUGUAUUGGGCGUAUUAUAUCCAUUUACCAUACUAUCUGAUGACUUCGUUCGAUUCAUUCUGUUUGCAUGUAUUUUUUUUAGUUGAUAUUGAGCUUAAGUCUAUUUGGUAUCUUUAA